AUGCUUCUUCCCAAGCUCCAUCAGAUGUUGAGCCUGGCAGCCAUUGUAGCAGCCUCGCCAACGCCACAGGACACGUCGAAUCCUCUGGUCACACUCGACUACGGCACCUUCCAAGGCGCAGUAUCAACUAAAUACAAUCUCACCUACUUCCGCAAAAUCCCCUUUGGCGCAUCCACAGCAGGUCACAACCGCUUCCGCGCUCCUCAACCACCAGCUCCCAUCACAAAUGGUACAUACGACUCAAAUCAAGCCUUCGACAUGUGUCCACAGCGUACAGUCAACGGCUCAGAAGACUGCCUUUAUCUCGGCGUAUACUCGCGACCCUGGACCAAAGCCCAAUCCCUUCGUCCUGUGCUGCUCACCUUUUACGGCGGCGGCUUCAUUCGUGGGAGCGCCAGCUUUGACAUGCCACCCUCUGGCUUCCCCGUUCUGAACGUCAGCACACAGAAUGACUACGUAGUCGUCUACUCCAACUACCGCACUAACGUCUUUGGAUUCCUCCCCGGUAAAAAGAUUGCCCAACACCCUGAUGUCGAUCUCAACCCCGGCCUCCUAGACCAACAAGCAGCACUUAAAUGGAUCCAAAAGAACAUCCAUCAUUUCGGCGGGGACAACCACAAUGUCACCAUCUGGGGUCAAUCCGCCGGCGGCGGAUCAGUCAUCGCGCAGACCAUCGCCACCGGCAACCGGGGCAAGAAUCUCUUCCAAAAAGCAAUGGUCAGCUCGCCCUUCUGGCCUAAAAUCCAUCGUUACGACAGCCCUUGGGCCGAAUCUCUCUACCAACAGACCCUCCUCGACAUCGGCUGCGCCAACACCACCACCACCGCUGACGACGAAAUCCGCUGUCUCAAAACCGCCAACCUCCAAACCCUCCGCGAGACCGCGUUAAAACUAUCGUCCAGCCAACAAUACACAACCGCAACUUUCACCUGGGGCCCCGUCCUCGACACCACCUUCCUCACCCAACCCCUCUCCGCCCUCCUCCGCCACCCCAACCCCCUAAACGCAAAAUUCACCCAGGCAAGCUACAAUCUACACGAGGGCGAAAACUUCAUACCCCCCGGCUUCCAAAACGCAACCUCAAGCACAAGCAGCACCGCCGACGGCUUCAACAGCUCCACUGCCUCCUUCGACGCCUGGCUGCGCGGCUACCUGCCCGAUUUCUCGCCGCGCGAUCGCCAGGCCGUCAAGGCGCUGUAUCCCGCAGCUGGCCGCACCGAGGUGUUUGCGUGGAAUACAACCUAUCUACGCGCUGGAUUCAUCUAUCGGGAUCUCGUGCUUGCCUGUCCUGCGUAUUGGAUUGCGAAGAAGGCGCAGCGGGGCGCGUUGCUGCAGUAUACGAUUUCCCCGGCGAAACAUGCUAGUGAUGUGCAAUAUUGGAACACCCUCACCCCAAUCCAAACCACCGACCCACUAACCUACACCGCCUACGCUGGCGCCAUGGCCUCCUUCAUCCAAACUGCCGACCCAAACGCCCACAAAGUCACGAAUGCAACCGUCCCCGCCGUCCCCUUCAUCACAAGCGGCCUUGAGUUUCAAAUCACGCCCGAGGGUCUCAAGACGGGAAGGAUCCCGUUGUUGGAGCAAAGGUGUGCGUUUUGGGAGAGGUUGGGGGGGAAGGUGCCCAUGUGA